UGUAAAAGUAGUUUUAACCUGGUUGUAUCAAGCAUAAAAAAUAUUGUUUCUUGAACGUAAAAAAUAAAGGAAUAAAUAUGAACGUUUUUGUAAAAUCACUUGUAUCUGCAGUUAAACCGGUACCUCUAGUAAGGCAUGUCUCAACAACUUGUACCAAUUAUAAAGACGAUUUUCAAGAUGUAAUUGAACCAGAAGGUCGAGAGCCUAAUAUUCCAUUGUAUGUUGAACGCGAUCAAGAGACUAAAGAAGUUAAAAAAGCUCGACUUCUGUAUCAAUCCCGCAAGCGUGGCAUGUUAGAAAAUGGUCUGCUUUUAAGUACUUUUGCUAAAAAAUAUUUAUGUGCUUUUGAUGAUAAACAACUGCAAUUGUACGAUCAUCUCAUUAAUUUACCAACAAAUGAUUGGGACAUAUUUUACUGGGCUACAGGUGCAAAGCCCACUCCACCUGAAUUUGAUAAUGAAGUUAUGGAUUUGUUAAAAAAGCACAUAAAAAAUGAAGAUCGUCAAGCAAGAAUAAUGCAACCUGAGUUAUGA